AUGAUCCGUCAACUCAAAUCAAUGAAAGCAUGUCACGACGACCCGCGUACUCUGCGAAACAACUUGAGCGAUGUGCAGGCUAUAAUAACUACCAUACAAAAACAAGGAGAAGUAAUUGACUCCACAUAUAUGACAACUAUGGUAAUCGAAACAUUCCCCAAAAGCAUUCAAGAAGAAAUCGCCGAAAAGAAUUUGACAAGUGGUACAGAGUGGACUAUGAACGAUCUCAUUGACAAUUUGACAAACAUUGUCAAACGUAAGGAACAUCUCGAGAGCCGUAACGAACACUUACGCGAACAACAUUCUCUUUUCCACACACGAACAAGCGAGCCCCUUCAGCUACAGUGCAUUGGCUGCGGCCGCCCUCAUAAGUUUGAUACAUGCUACAAAUUUCAAACUAUUCAGCAAAAAAUUAAUCAUCUAAAAACUUUAAACGUGUGCUGGAAGUGUUUCAAUACACAACACAGAACAAUAUUCUGUAACAAACCUAACUGCACACACUGUGGCGGCCUCCAUAACCCCAUCAUAUGCUUACGCUUACCAUCCGCAACGACAAGAUCUUUCCGAUAUCCUGCAGGAAUUCACAAACAUUUCGGACACAGAUCAACAACCCUGAAUGACUACGCUACGCAACAUCCUCCGAAGCUUUACAGACCACAACGGAAUUCCGCCUGGCGCCCCCUUACACCGGACGAUGCCCUGAGCAAUACCAACAUACAACAACUAGACAGAAGCAACCAGCCAGCAAUCACACACGCUCCACGCAACAGUAACUCCAUACGAAGACAAAACCAACGCUCUCCCAUGAAUAAAGUUAGAUACGCCCCCUUGCCGUAUAUUCCAACCGCUACUCACAUUAGUUUUCAGUCACAUAGCGGUCAUCAACCAGAAAUGAAAACACGCUUUUCUAACUGCAAUAAAACGAAUAUACACGCCCGCCUAAUGGUCGUGCCUUUGAUAGCCAGAAAUGACCACACUAAUAAAGAAGAACAAGUUUACGCCCUCUCUAGAUUCCGCUUCGGAUCAAUCAUUUAUUACAUUAUCAUUAGCAGAACGCCUACACCUCGCGCCUCACUCCGAAAACACCAUCAUUGUAAACACAUUCGGGGGACGUGCAGAGAAAAAACAUGUCAGGUUUGUCGAAACCUUGUUGCUCAACUCUCAUGGACAAUCCUUACAUAUACCAUCACAAAUGUCUUAACCAUAAUAGAGCUACAACCAGAAGAUAAACAUUUCUUGGAAGAAAAUUUCUCUACUCCUCCAGAGGUGAUACAAGAUUCAAGAACAGAAGUCGUUCCCGACAUCCUUUUGGGAAUAGACUACUUUAACACCAUAUUACUAGGCUCUUACGGGCAACCCAACAUGGACUACUCCGACCUGUGGAAACUUCCAGGGAUUGGCAUCGACGAACUCCAAACAAAUGAAGAACUUAACAAACAAAUAAUAGCAAAUUUUUAUUCAACCGUGCAACUUAAAAACGGGAAAAUCUAUAUACAAUUUCCUUGGAAGUCAAACAAACACUGCUUAGCCGACAAUUACAACCUAGCACUGAGCCGACUCCAUCAAUUAUGUAAAAUGAGAAUCAAGAAUCCCGAAUGCUGGGAAGAAUACUGCAACAUAAUUCAAGAACAAAAGACAAACACUUUAUCGAAGAAGCACCUCAUGUAA